GAGGUGGUCCAAGGGCAUGGGGCCCACACAACCGAGAUGAUUUUCUCACACGAAAUGAUGUUCGUAACAUGGAGAGAGUUAUUCGUAAUACAUCACAUGAACUUCACAUUGAUGAUGCAUGCAGUGCAAAGAUAUGGGUACAAAGGCAUCAAAAGCAUGUUUUCUGCUUCCAAGAUGCUUCUGCUUUAGAACCCUUUAUUUUGGGGAUACAGACAGAUUGGCAGCUGCAACAGAUGCUUUGCUAUGGACAUAAUGGUUCUAUAGCUUCUCAUUCUACCUUUGGCUCAAAGAAACUUAAGUAUCCUCUAUCCACUUUACUUGUGUUUGACUCAUCCCGAAAUGCAAUUUCUGUUGCUUGGGUGAUUACCUCCUCUUUGGCUGGUCAAGAUAUUCAUAAAUGGGUGGGCUCCCUUGCUGAGAGAAUAAGCGCAAAGGUCUAUAGAUGGAGACCCAAUGCCUUUUUAGUAGAUGAUCCUUCUUUUGGGUUUUCAGUCAUAAGAGAUGCUUUCCAGUGCCGGGUUCUAUUGUGUGCCUGGCAUGUUCGCCGUGCUUGGAUAAGGAAUCUUUUAAAGAAGUGCUGCAACAUUGAUGUUCAACAAGAGAUGUUUAAGCACUUGGGCUGGAUAUUAUAUUCCUCAAGAAGUGUACCUAAUGAAAUGGAUGCGGUUGAAGAAUUCAUGGAAAUAUUUGUUGAUCAAUCUGCUUUUCUGGAUUAUUUCAAGCGCUGUUGGUCAUCGUAUAUAGAGUCGUGGGUUAGUUGCAUAAGGUCACUUCCUGUUGCUGGUCCAGAGCCCCAUGCUGCCAUUGAAUCUUAUCACAGAAGACUGAAUCACAAACUUUUUAAGGAUCAACAUUCCAAUUUCUGGCCUAGAAUCGACUGGUUAAUCCAUACUUUGACUACUGAAUUUCACUCAUUAUAUUGGUUAGAUCAAUACAGUGCAGAAACCGGAUAUCUUUCCAAUCUAAGAGAUGAAUCUUUCUUGAGCAAUGCUUGGUAUCACGCCUUACACAUACCGGACGUCGAUGUGAUACUGGAUGAGCAGAAUCUCCAGCUUGCAAAAGUCAUCUCCCAAACAGACCGAAACCUGGCUUAUACAAUUUGGAAUCCUGGUUCAGAAUUUUCUCUCUGUGAUUGCGGCUGGUCAAGCCUGGGAAAUCUCUGUAAGCAUGUCAUCAAAGUAGCAAUGAAUAUAAAAACAGGCAUGUUGCAAGGCCGCUAUUAGCAGCUCAAAUUUAUAGACAAACCUUGCUUAGUCUUCUGCUAAUCCUCCAGAUGAUCCGGUAGUGCUCGACCAUGUGGUCCUGUGUGCAACUCGCUUGCAACAGGAUAUCAAAGGCUGGGAAGAGUUGUCUAACAGUGGACAACUUCAGCAAUUUCCUUCUGAAAUUAACUCUCAAAUAGAGGAUAAUAGUCCCCUUUUGGCACGUCCUCAUUGAUUACACCAGAUAAAAAUCAAUUUAUUGAAACCAACACUUUCAACGAGGCUGCAAAAUUGUAUGUUAUCUUCUGACAAUCUAGCUUCUCAUUCAGCUAAAAUGUAUAUAAUCAUGCUUUGUAAAGGAAAUAUAAAUUUUAAAUCCAUGACAUC